CCCCCCCCCCCCCCCCCCCCCCCCCCCCCCCCCCCCCCCCCCCCCCCCCCCCCCCCCCCCCCCCCCUCCCCCCCCCCCCCCCCCCCCCCCCCCCCCCCCCCCCCCCCCCCCCCCCCCCCCCCCCCCCCCCCCCCCCCCCCCCCCCCCCCCCCCCCCCCCCCCCCCCCCCCCCCCCCCCCCCCCCCCCCCCCCCCCCCCCCCCCCCCCCCCCCCCCCCCCCCCCCCCCCCCCCCCCCCCCCCCCCCCCCCCCCCCCCCCCCCCCCCCCCCCCCCCCCCCCCCCCCCCCCCCCCCCCCCCCCCCCCCCCCCCCCCCCCCCCCCCCCCCCCCCCCCCCCCCCCCCCCUCCUACCCCCCCCCCCCCCCCCCCCCCCCCCCCCCCCCCCCCCCCCCCCCCCCCCCCCCCCCCCCCCCCCCCCCCCCCCCCCCCCCCCCCCCCCCCCCCCCCCCCCCCCCCCCCCCCCCCCCCCCCCCCCCCCCCCCCCCCCCCCCCCCCCCCCCCCCCCCCCCCCCCCCCCCCCCCCCCCCCCCCCCCCCCCCCCCCCCCCCCCCCCCCCCCCCCCCCCCCCCCCCCCCCCCCCCCCCCCCCCCCCCCCCCCCCCCCCCCCCCCCCCCCCCCCCCCCCCCCCCCCCCCCCCCCCCCCCCCCCCCCCCCCCCCCCCCCCCCCCCCCUCCCCCCCCCCCCCCCCCCCCCCCCCCCCCCCCCCCCCCCCCCCCCCCCCCCUCCCCCCCCCCCCCCCCCCCCCCCCCCCCCCCCCCCCCCCCCCCCCCCCCCCCCCCCCCCCCCCCCCCCCCCCCCCCCCCUCCCCCCCCCCCCCCCCCCCCCCCCCCCCCCCCCCCCCCCCCCCCCCCCCCCCCCCCCCCCCCCCCCCCCCCCCCCCCCCCCCCCCCCCCCCCCCCCCCCCCCCCCCCCCCCCCCCCCCCCUCCCCCCUCCCCCCCCCCCCCCCCCCCCCCCCCCCCCCCCCCCCCCCCCCCCCCCCCCCCCCCCCCCCCCCCCCCCCCCCCCCCCCCCCCCCCCCCCCCCCCCCCCCCCCCCCCCCCCCCCCCCCCCCCCCCCCCCCCCCCCCCCCCCCCCCCCCCCCCCCCCCCCCCCCCCCCCCCCCCCCCCCCCCCCCCCCCCCCCCCCUCCCCCCCCCCCCCCCCCCCCCCCCCCCCCCUCUUCCCCCUCCCCCCCCCCCCCCCCCCCCCCCCCCCCCCCCCCCCCCCCCCCCCUCCCCCCCCCCCCCCCCCCCCCCCCCCCCCCCCCCCCCCCCCCCCCUCCCCCCCCCCCCCCCCCCCCCCCCCCCCCCCCCCCCCCCCCCCCCCCCCCCCCCCCCCCCCCCCCCCCCCCCCCCCCCCCCCCCCCCCCCCCCCCCCCCCCCCCCCCCCCCCCCCCCCCCCCCCCCCCCCCCCCCCCCCCCCUCCCCCCCCCCCCCCCCUCCCCCCCCCCCCCCCCCCCCCCCCCCCCCCCCCCCCUCCCCCCCCUCUCCCCCCUCCCCCCCCCCCCCUCCACAAGUGA